AUGGAAGGCGGUAUAGGAAAUGCUCCAUUGGAAACCACAGUAGGGAAGUUAUCGCAGACCAUCCAAGAAUUGGUUGCUAAGUUCGCCACCUUAGAAUCCGCACCUAGAAAAAGGAAUGGAGAAGGGACACUAUGCGAAAGACUGCCCAACACAAGGGAAAACAUGAACUUUCGAAACAAUAGGGACAAACAACCGUCUAGACAGACCGAAGCACGAAAUCCUCAGACUCACAGAGACGAGCAACUGGCAACACAAACAGAAGCCCGUUUUGGAGAAUUGGUAAGUAACGAAGGAGAGGAGAAAGCAUUUAUAGGAGUAAAUUGGUACCAGCCCUACAAUACCCGAAACCGAAACAAUACCAGACGUGAUCAAGAAGCCCCUAGAAACGAGAAAAAUGAAGUUAUCCAAUCCAGGGUGGUGAAAGAACUACCAACGUCAACUGAUGAACCGGAAGAAAUCACGAUCGAAGAUAAGAUCAAUAGCAUAGAG